AUGAACGGCGAAACAGAAAAGAAGAGGGAUAUAAAGAACCAUCUGCUCUUUGAAGUUGCAACGGAGGUUGCUAAUCGAGUGGGUGGCAUCUACUCAGUGCUCAAGUCCAAAGCUCCUGUGACAACCGCAGAAUAUGGCGACAGGUAUACGCUCAUCGGCCCUCUCAACAAAAACUCGGCCGCAGUUGAGGUAGAAACCCUGGAUCCGCCACCGGGCCCCCUUCGAGAUACCAUUUCAUCGAUGCAAGAACGUGGCAUUGAGCUCAUGUACGGCCGCUGGCUGAUCGAAGGCGCCCCAAGGGUGCUCCUUAUCAAUACUGGAACUGGUUACCGAUGGCUGGAUGAAUGGAAGGGUGAUCUAUGGGCUGCAGCUGGAAUCCCUUCACCUGCCAGCGAUCAUGAAACAAACGAAGCCAUUGUAUUUGGAUAUUUGGUGGCGUGGUUCCUAGGCGAAUUUAUCGCUCGCGAGACCGAUCGCGCAGUCAUUGCCCACUUCCACGAAUGGCUUUCUGGAGUCGCUCUGCCUUUGACCAAGAAGCGUCAGAUGGACUUGACAACCAUCUUCACAACACAUGCAACCCUCCUCGGUCGAUACCUCUGCGCUGGCUCUGUCGACUUCUACAACAAUCUGCAAUACUUCGAUGUGGAUGCUGAGGCGGGAAAACGUGGAAUUUACCACCGUUACUGUAUCGAACGAGCAUCAGCACACUCUGCCGACGUCUUCACAACUGUUUCCCACAUCACCGCCUUCGAGAGUGAGCAUCUGCUGAAGCGAAAACCUGACGGAGUUCUCCCCAAUGGUCUGAAUGUUAAGAAAUUCUCCGCUGUUCAUGAAUUCCAAAAUCUUCACUCGGUACAGAAGGAAAAGAUCCAUGAAUUCGUAAGGGGCCACUUUUAUGGCCGUUUGGACUUUGACCUGGACAACACACUCUACUACUUCACUGCGGGCCGAUAUGAAUACCGAAACAAGGGUGUGGAUAUGUUCAUUGAGUCGUUGGCGAGACUGAACUAUCGUAUGCAGAGCUCGGGCUCCAAGACAACAAUUGUCGCAUUCUUGAUCAUGCCUGCGCAGACAACAUCCCUGUCGGUCGAUUCACUCAAGGGCCAAGCCGUGACAAAGUCUCUGGCCGACACUGUUUCUAACAUCCAGCAUGGUAUUGGUCGGAGGCUGUUCGAAAGGGCUGUGCACUGGAAGGAGGGAGAUCCAAUGCCGGACGACAAGGAGCUCAUCACUCCAGCCGAUCGGGUUAUGCUUAGACGGCGACUCUUUGCCAUGAAACGCCACGGUCUUCCGCCCAUUGUCACCCACAAUAUGGUUAAUGAUUCCGAGGAUCCAGUUCUCAACCAACUGCGUCGCGUUCAACUCUUCAACAACACCAAUGAUCGUGUCAAAGUCAUCUUCCAUCCCGAGUUCUUGAACUCUGCAAACCCAGUUUUGUCCCUGGAUUACGAUGACUUUGUGCGAGGUACUCACCUCGGCGUCUUUGCUUCCUAUUAUGAGCCCUGGGGAUAUACGCCCGCUGAAUGUACAGUCAUGGGUGUGCCGUCAAUUACCACUAACCUCUCCGGCUUCGGCUGUUAUAUGGAGGAGCUCAUCGAGAACUCCUCGGACUACGGGAUCUACAUUGUGGAUCGUCGUACUAAGGGUGUGGACGAAUCAGUCAAUCAAUUGACCGACUAUAUGUACGAAUUCGCCAACAAAUCCCGGAGACAACGGAUCAAUCAGCGAAAUCGCACCGAGCGACUUAGCGAUCUUCUGGACUGGAAGCGUAUGGGCAUGGAAUAUGUCAAGGCUCGACAGCUUGCCUUGCGCCGCGCGUAUCCUGCUUCCUUCACGGAUGCUGAUGAGUUCGACGAUAUCAUUGGCGGUACCGAACAGAAGAUCUCUAGACCAUUGUCGGUGCCUGGAUCGCCUCGAGAUCGAACUGGUAUGAUGACGCCAGGUGACUUUGCUUCGUUGCAAGAGGGCAAAGAGGGUCUAAGCACGGAAGAUUACAUUGCAUGGAGAUUGCCUGAGGAAGAGGAACCGGAUGACUACCCGUUCCCACUGACGCUGAAGAUGAAGAAGGGCUCCGGCCCCAACUCUCCGGCACCGCUCGUGGGACCUGUAAACGGCCAGUAA